GCUUCAUCAGGCCUCGCCCAGCGCCGUUUCCAAACGGUCCCGCAGAAAUGCGACGCAUGAGCCAAGUGCCGCGUUUCUGGGGUAUAAAGGGGUAUUCAACCACCAACGGUCCUGAAUUACAGGCAGGUCACAAGGUCGUCACGAUGCGGAAACCGAGCGUUGAACGCAUUUUGGGUGUCUACCGUGGAAGCAAGCCUACAAGUAUGCUUGGGAUGCCCUCAUUGGUAUCCGCAUGUAUUCAUAUAACAGCCAGCCAUGUGGCGGUCUUAAAUGAGUCGGUAAGAUCGAACAACGAUCUCCGCUCAUCAAGUUUCCUUGUCUGCCCUGGGGCAACCCAGGGACUGAGCAUUGAGGAUUGCAAGGUUGUUGCGGGUGUUGUUGGCAUUUGUUCCUGGUAGCUGCCCCGGGCAUGCGCUUCUUCGCUGCCAUGCAGAAAACGCUAUCUUUAGGACCAAGAUUACCGAAUCGGGCCAUUGGCCCGCUCCGCAAGGGAUGCAACCGUUUCCAUACAUGUUUCGAUGCCGAACAGGGCAAGGAGAACCUUUCGCCCAGUGACCUUUUUUUC